AUCAAAGAUCGGGGUAGUUGAACACGCAGCACCGACUUAUCUUUCGAGCCUGAAAUGAUUUGUCGUGCAGUAUAAUGUAUUCCAGAAGGUGGCGGUAUUGUUCCUCGGAGUGAGCUGCCGGGAACAAGAAGAAGCAGGCAAACGGCGUCAUUAGCAAUCCCCGCCCCCAUUGUGCACUGGCGCGCACCGCUCGUGGAUGAUUCUCGCCGUCCCUUCGGAGAGACUGCCGGAAAUAUGGCGGGCAUGGGUGCUACAGCUCCCGGCACGAUUUCAGUAGCAGGUCCGGUUCAACAGGGACUUAAGGAGGCCUUAAUUGAAACGCUGACUGCGAUCCUAUCACCGGUUCAAGAAGUGCGCGCCGCCGCCGAGGAGCAAAUUAAAGUUUUGGAAGUGACAGAAGAGUUUGGAGUUCACCUUGCAGAGCUCACUGUCGAUCCCCAGGGGGCGCUUGCGAUUCGCCAGCUUGCCUCUGUCAUUCUGAAGCAAUAUGUUGAAACACAUUGGUGUGCCCAGUCAGAGAAGUUCAGGGUGCCAGAAACAACUGAAAGGGCCAAGGCUGUAAUCCGUGAGUUGCUGCCAGGCGGCUUGCGAGAGUCCAUCAGUAAGGUGCGCUCAAGUGUGGCCUAUGCUGUGUCAGCCAUUGCUCACUGGGACUGGCCAGAGGCCUGGCCACAGCUCUUCUCAUUGCUUAUGGAAAUGUUAGUCAGUGGUGAUGUCAAUGCUGUGCAUGGUGCCAUGAGAGUUCUUACAGAGUUCACCAGAGAAGUCACAGACACACAGAUGCCGCUGGUUGCACCAGUCAUUUUGCCAGAGAUGUAUAAAAUUUUCACCAUGGCAGAGGUCUACAGCAUUCGCACGCGAUCCAGAGCAGUUGAAAUAUUUACAACUUGUGCCAACCUAAUCUCUGCUAUUGAAGUAUUUGAAAAAGGUUCUGCCAAAGCCUUUUUUUUCCCUGUGGUAGAACAGUUCACUGAGGCACUUGUGCAAGCUGUGCAGAUGCCGGAUGGACCCACCUCAGACAGUGGCCUUAAGAUGGAGGUCUUGAAGGCAGUGACUGCUCUUGUGAAGAACUUUCCUAAACGCAUGGUGUCUUCCAUGCAACAGAUUCUUCCCAUUGUGUGGAAUACACUGACAGAAUAUUUUCUUAACCAAGUGCUUACUUAUGUGAGAACAGAGGUUAACUACACAGAAGAAGUGGAUGAUCCUGUUGACUCUGAUGGAGAAGUCCUUGGCUUUGAGAACCUGGUCUUCAGUAUCUUUGAAUUUGUACACACAUUGCUGGAUAACAAUAAGUUUAAGAGCACAGUAAGGAAAGCUCUUCCUGAACUCAUCUAUUACAUUAUCCUCUAUAUGCAGAUCACAGAGGAUCAGAUUAAAGUGUGGACAGCGAAUCCGCAGCAGUUUGUUGAGGAUGAAGAUGAUGACACCUUUUCGUAUUCUGUUCGAAUAUCUGCUCAAGAUUUAUUGCUGGUUGUUGCAGCAGAGUUCCAGAAUGAGAGCGCUGUAGCUUUAGCUGCAGCUGCAACAAGACACCUCCAGGAGGCGGAGCAGGCCAGGAAUGCUGGAAGUGAGCACUGGUGGAAAAUCCAUGAAGCCUGCAUGCUGGCUUUGGGCUCUGUCAAGACCAUCAUCACAGAGAAUUUUAAGAAUGGUCGCAUACAGUUUGACAUGCAUGGCUUUCUUGCCAAUGUGAUUCUUGCUGAUCUCAAUCUAGCAACAGCCUCUCCAUUUCUGCUGGGCAGGGCUCUAUGGGCAGCCAGUCGCUUUACUGCAGCUAUGUCCCCAGAGCUUAUCCAGCAGUUCCUGCAGGCAACAGUAAGUGGCCUGCAUGAGACCCAGGCACCAUCAGUUCGUAUCUCUGCUGUGAGAGCUAUUUGGGGGUAUUGUGAUCAGCUGAAGCUGUCAGACAGCACCCAUGUUUUGCAGCCCUACCUGCCAAGUAUUUUGGAAGGAUUAGUGCAACUGGCUACUCAGUUCAGUUCAGAGGUCCUUACAUUGGUGAUGGAAACUCUUUGCAUUUUAUGCACAGUGGACCCAGCUUUUACCACAAGUGCUGAGAAUAAGAUCUGCCCUCUCACUAUCGCCAUCUUUCUCAAAUACAGCAAUGAUCCUGUUGUGGCCUCCUUGGCCCAGGAUAUUUUUAAGGAGCUGGCUCAGAUUGAGCCCUGCCAGGGCCCAAUGCAGAUGCGCCUCAUCCCCACACUCGUCAGCAUCAUGCAGGCUCCACCUGAUAAGAUUCCCUCAGGCCUUUGUGCUACAGCAAUUGAUAUCCUGACUACAGUCGUUCGGAACACUAAGCCACCUCUGUCUGAGAUGCUUGUGUGCCAGGCUUUUCCUGCUGUGGCCCAAUGCACCCUUAAUGCUGAUGACAAUGCAACAAUGCAGAAUGGCGGCGAGUGUUUGCGGGCUUAUGUCUCAGUGGCUCUGGAGCAGGUGGGUCAGUGGCAGGAUGAGCAGGGCCACAGUGGCUUGUGGUAUGUCAUGCAGGUGGUCAGUCAACUCCUGGACCCACGCACGUCUGAGUUCACUGCCACCUUCGUUGGUCGUCUGGUGUCUACAUUGAUUGCUCGUGCUGGCACACAGCUGGGGGAGCAACUGGACCAAAUGUUGCGUGCCAUCCUCAGUAAAAUGCAGCAAGCUGAGACUCUCAGUGUCAUGCAGUCUCUGAUCAUGGUGUUUGCCCACCUGGUCCACUCACAACUAGAGCCUCUCUUGGAGUUUCUGUCCAGUCUGCCAGGGCCAACAGGAAAACCUGCUCUAGAGUUUGUCAUGAUGGAAUGGAUGAGCCGCCAGCAUCUUUUCUAUGGGCAGUACGAAGGCAAAGUCAGUGCUAUAGCUUUGUGCAAACUCCUUCAGCAUGGUAUUAACUCCAAUGACAAGCGCCUGCAAGAUAUUGUAGUCAAAGGGGAGGAAAUCUUUAAUCCUGAUGAAGGCAUUCGUACUCGAUCCAAAUCUGCAAAAAAUCCAGAGCGGUGGACAAACAUUCCCUUGCUAGUGAAGAUUUUUAAACUUAUUGUCAAUGAGCUCUCGUCUGUAGUGGAGGCGAACGCACAUCGAGCAAACCCUGCAGACUGGAGUCUAGACUCUGGAGCAAUGUGGGAAGAUCAGGAGGAAGAGGAGGAGGAUAACGAAGAUGAUGAAUUAGAAGGGCAACUUCUUUCUGACCUAAUAUCCUCUAACAAAUAUGAUGAUGACUUUUAUGAAGAUGAUGAUGAAGAUGACCCCGAUGCUUUAAAAGAUCCUAUAUAUCAAGUAGACCUUCAGGCCUACCUUACAGAUUUCCUGUCUCAGUUUGCCCAGCAGCCAUGUUACAGCAUGUUUUUUGGCCAUCUAAAUGACUCCGAGAGAAGGGUUUUGCAGUCCAUUGGUAUUUAGACUGCACCAGUACUCAUCAACUUUAAAAACUGUUCCCUUGUUUACUACUAGUAUGUUUGCAAACUUGACUGGAGUGCCAUUGGAAAGGUUUUUUUGUUUGUUUUUUUUUUUUUGUUUUUGUUUUUUAUAUAAACCUGCACUUGUGAACUCUAAAACCAACUGAAGGCUUUGUCUUUUUUUUUUUCCAAAGACAAUGCACUUAUUGGCGUGUCCUGUCUCCUCAUGUACCUAAGGGGAUGCAGAAGAAAUCCAUUGAGAGUCACCCAGGAUGCAACCUAUGCUAAAGAAAUAUAAUUAAAUUAAGACCCAAAAUGAUACAAUUAACAAGGCACAAAUGUAAGUGUACUAUGUGGGGCUUCAGGCAUUACAGAAGUAUUUGAAGGGGAUCAGUUAAUUUGUUUGCAAUGGAACUGAUAUCAACUCUGAUUAAAAUGUACACUGUCAUCUGUCCUCUCUCAUAUCAGUUCAUGGACAUUUACAAAUCUUUCUGUAAAGGAAGGCAUAGAUUUUUGCCUUUUUUUGAGCAACAAUAGGUGAACUUGAUGUGGGGAAUGGUUGGGAAAAUUCACGUGUUUUGUAAUGCAAAGAUAUCAUGAUCCUUAUGGUUAUGGAAUGUGGUGGGUAUGAAAGAUUCCACAAACCAUGUUAAUAAACAGCCUCUCCUUGUACCCACUGAAAUAAUCUGGGAAUAUGUUUAAAAAUAAACCUAUGAAUUUUCCAUC